CACCGGACUCGGUCCACUUGCCGGUUCCGGGAGACGCGCGUGUUCACGUAGGCACGUGCAUGCGCGUGGACGGAAGCUUACUGCGCAGACGCAGAACUAAAGCGCAGCAAGUCGGCGCAACAGAUGUUUGUUUAUGAAAACCACGCGGAGGUUUGUUUAUACCGGAAGUGAUGAGAUGCAGAGAGUCCAGCUCAGAUUGGAGAACUACUGGUUCUGACCCGAAUGGACAUUAACUAUACAGUACCUAUUAACCAAAGAACAAGCAGAACCAGAACCUGUGGGAGGUCAAAGUUCACUCAGCAGAGUUCUGUCCAGUUUGAUCAGGUUUAACCUUUGAACCUGCUACGGUUCUGACCGGGUCUGACCCAGCAGAACUCACUGACCCAAAGAGGACUCUGAACUUUGACUCAGACCAUCCUAAUGGGACAGCAACACCAGACUCAUAAUCCAACAUGGCGGCGUAAAUCCAUUGAAGGCGGUGGCCAUCGAUGAAGACCUGGGCCCGGUCCAUCAGGACAGUGUGCAGUUCGACUCUGAGCUACCUGAGUUCAGGACUCAGGGAGGAGUUCACAUCCAUCCUGACGGGCUGACGGUCACCUCACCUGUGCUCAUGUGGGUCAAGGCUCUGGACCUGCUGCUGGACAGGAUGAAGGCGGCGGGAUUCGGGUUCUCCCGGGUCCGAGCGCUGUCCGGUUCCGGCCAGCAACAUGGCGCCGUGUUCUGGAAGACCGGAGCGGCUCGGACUCUGGCCCAGCUGGACCCGGGUCAGAACCUGCACCAGCAGCUGAAGGACAGCUUCUCCGUGCAGGACAGUCCCGUGUGGAUGGACUCCAGCAGCAGGCCGCAGUGUGACGCCCUGCAGGAGGCAGCAGGGGGCGCCAUGAGGCUGGCAGACAUCACUGGAUCCCGAGCCUACGAGCGCUUCACAGGAAACCAGAUCUCCAAAGUGCGGCAGAACCGACCGGACCAGUUCCAGGACACUGAGAGGAUCUCAUUGGUCAGCAGCUUUGGAGCGUCUCUCUUCCUUGGUCGCUACGCUGCCAUCGAUUACAGCGAUGGUUCUGGGAUGAAUCUGUUGGACAUCCGGCACAGGAAGUGGUCUCAGGUCUGCCUGGACGCCACGGCAACCAACCUGGAGCGCUUGCUGGGAGAGCCUUGUCCGUCCACCGCCGUCCUGGGCCCGGUCUCGUCCUUCCUGCAGCGUCGCUACGGUUUCUCUGGGAGCUGCAGCGUCGUGGUGUUCACUGGAGACAACCCAGCGUCUCUAGCAGGAAUGUGUCUCCAUCAGGGGGACAUCGCGGUCAGUCUGGGGACGAGCGACACGCUCUUCCUGUCCCUCUCUGAGCCGCGGCCGUCCCUGGAGGGACACGUCUUCUGCAGCCCGGUGGAGCCGGACGGCUUCAUGGCUCUGCUCUGCUUUAAGAACGGCUCUCUGACCCGGGAACGAGUCCGGGACCGCUGCUGCUCCGGGUCCUGGGACGUUUUCUCCCAGGCGCUAGACGGGACGCCGCUGGGGAACCACGGCAACAUCGGCUUUUAUUUUGACACCAUGGAGAUCACGCCUCCCGCCGUCGGUCUGCAUCGCUUUGACGCCAACGACCGCCAGGUGUCCUCCUGGAGUCCAGAGCUGGAGGUCCGGGCUCUGGUGGAGGGACAGUUUCUGUCCCGCCGGCUCCACGCUGAGAGACUCGGAUACUCCAUCGGGUCCGGCAGUCGGGUUCUGGCCACCGGCGGCGCUUCGGCCAACAGGCAAAUCCUGCAGGUUCUGUCCGACGUCUUUGACGCUCCGGUUUACACCAUCGACCUGUCAGACUCCGCCUGCUUAGGCUCCGCCUACAGGGCUCUCCAUGGUUUAGUGGCCGAUUCUGGAGUCUCCUUCCUGGACCUGCUGAGGAACGCUCCAGAACCUCAGCAGGUGUGCCGCCCGCACCGCAGCGCUCCGCAGGUUUACGACCCGAUGUUGAGGCGCUACGCUGAGCUGGAGCAGAAGGUUCUGGAGCAGAGCUGCGCCUGAGGCCGACCAGCCAAUCAGGAGGCUGCACUGGACCUCCUGGUUACCAUGGUGACUGGUUCUGCUCUCUGAUUG